AGUAAACCUGUCAUGUUCCCCCUUGAAUCAUAACACAAUAAACCAGAAAACUCAAAACUCAGUCAACCAAAUACAUGUUUAAAAAUAACGGCAAAAAGUCAUCGAUAGCCAUCGAUUGCUGUUCUAAUCGAACAGCUGUUAGUUUAACGUCAAAAUGCUUACAAACGGAACUCUUGUAACGUAACUGAAACACAGACACAGGAGAAACACGGCACAUUAAAUCAAAAUUUCAGCGGCUGGCGCGAUGUUGAUCAUCCGCUGCCUGCGUCACUUCGACGGGCACCGCCUCGUCCCGUUGGUCAACCUGGUCAGAAACCCUAAUGGCUCACCCCCCUGGAUGGUUGCUCGGAGGAAUUUCACGUCUCUAUGCCGCGCCAGAGAUGGUCACGUAAUAGCGCCGCUCAGACGGGGAACGAGAAUGAGCCACGGCAAGGGAGAGACGAAGGUUGGAGCGUUAAGCUUCAUUCUCAUGCGUUGGACGAAGUUGGCGUGGAGCAACAUGUUUGGGAAGUACCUGCUGGUGACGAAUGUGUUGGGAUCCGGUCUGCUCAUGGUAGUUGGCGAUGUAAUUGCCCAAGAGUACGAGUAUCGGCGGGGCCUGAGGAAGCUGGAUCGCUACGACACUGAUCGAAUGUACCGCAUGUUUGUGGCAGGCGCCCUGCAGGGUCCGCUCCAUCACUUCGUUUACAACUGGAUGGACAGGAUAAUGCCAGCCCGCACAAUGAAGAACAUCGUGAAGAAGAUCCUCAUCGAUCAGCUGUUUAUGUCUCCUGCCUGUAUCCUCAUUUUCUUCUAUUCCAUCUGCUACCUGGAAGGCCAAACGCUGGAAGACUCCAACGAGGAGCUGAUUAGCAAGUUCCCCUACGUCUAUAUGCUCGACUGGAUGACAUGGCCGGCGGCACAGUAUAUAAACUUUCGAUAUCUGGAGACCAAAUAUAGGGUGUCCUUCGUUAACAUCUGCACUGCCGUCUACAAUGUUCUCAUGUCCUACAUGAAGCACGACUUUGGACUCCACAUGCCGCUGGAGAAGGAACUGGUGGAGUCUUCGAGUAGAAAGGGCACCGUUGUAGCUCGGACCAAAAACAAGGCCACCGACAAUUUACCUGUACAAUCUACACAAAACUAACCACGCGACAGGAGUGAUAUUGUGAUAUUGAUAAAGAAAAAAACUUAUUAACCGAUAAAUGUGCACAUAUUUAGGUAUUAAUAGUUGAACGAAAGAGGCUCUUAGUGUCAAUAUAAAUUAGUAUAUGGUACAAAAGUGAA